GGUGGAAUAGUCACCUUCCUCAUUUUAAGAAUAGCUGUGUCACAAGAGAAUAAGUAUCACGUUCAGCGGGUUUAUGUUUGGUGAAAUGAGAACUUGCUGCUGUGCUGGUCACUUUAGGUGAAAUGUAGAAUGGUCUGGGUUAAUUUCAUACAUAGUUGAAUACUUUUUGAUAGAUUUGAUAAAAUAGUUUGACUUGGAUUUGAACUCUGACCUCCAGUCACAGAAUCAUACGUAAAGCUAACCUGAUGUCCAUGAGCCUUGAGCAGAGAUUGGAAGAAAGCCUACGAGAUGACCUGAGAUAUUACUUCAUGAGUCCCUGUGAGAAAUACAGAGCACGGCGACAGCUACCAUGGAAGCUGACAGUACAGAUUUUAAAAAUAGUCAUGAUUACAACUCAGCUUAUUCUCUUCGGGCUUAACAACCAGCUCGUAGUGACCUACAAAGAAGAGAACUUGAUGGCCUUCAAGAAUUUGUUCCUGAAGAGCUACAGUGGUGUGGAGGAGGAUGACUAUAGUGUAGCUGUCUAUACUAAACAGAGCGUCUUUGACCAUCUAUACUACAUCAUAGAUCAGUACUCUCAGUUGGACCAGCUGUCUGUGGGCUCUGUCAGCUAUGCCGAGGAGGAUGGAAAGUUACUUCCUUUGGUCAUCUGUAAAGAGUACUACAGACAGGGCAGCGGGAAGCAUUCAGAAGAAACCUACCAUAUAGAUGCCCAAACUGAGUCAGCUUGCCUAACUUUGGAUCCCAGAUCUGCUGCAACAUGGAAUACUAACAAUGCCUCUUUUUUUGACAUUGACUUUUACAGACUUGUCACUAUUGAAAUCUCAUUCCGACUUAAAGGAAUCAACCUACAGACUGUCCUUUCACACGAGUUGCCUGAUUGUUACACUUUUGCUGUUUCGAUUACCUUUGACAAUCGGUGCCAUAGUGGAAAAGUGAAAAUUACCCUUGAUAUUGAUGCUGUUAGCAGUGUAUGCAAAAACUGGAACAUUUCAGGAACUGCUCAGAAGAAUCACUACCUUAUAAUCUUUGAUGCUGUUGUUAUCCUAGUGUGUCUGAUCUCUUCUGUGCUUUGCAUUCGCUCUAUUUUUCUUGCAAUUAGAUUACUUCAGAGAUUUUCCAAAUUCUGUGUUUGGAAAUACAAUCAUAAAGUAUGUGAGGAGGACCAACGAGAAUUUUUAAAUGGCUGGUACGUCUUGGUAAUUAUCAGUGAUGUUAUGGCAAUCAUAGGGUCAAUACUGAAGAUGGAAAUUCAGGCAAAGAGCCUGACAAGCUAUGAUGUGUGUAGCAUCUUUUUAGGAACAUCCACACUCAUGGUGUGGGUUGGUGUCAUCAGAUAUUUAGGUUACUUCCAGAAGUAUAAUGUUCUUAUCCUUACUAUGCAGGCAGCCUUACCCAAGGUUCUCCGCUUCUGCUGCUGUGCAGGAAUGAUUUAUCUGGGCUACACAUUCUGUGGGUGGAUCGUUUUAGGGCCCUACCAUGAAAAGUUUGAGGGUCUGAGCCGCGUGGCCGAAUGCCUCUUCUCCCUGGUGAACGGGGACGACAUGUUCCCGACAUUUGCUGAAUUCCAGCAGAAGAACACCGUGGUGUGGCUGUUCAGCAGGGUCUACCUCUACUCCUUCAUCUCUCUCUUCAUCUACAUGGUGCUCAGCCUUUUCAUAGCUCUCAUCACAGAUGCUUAUGAGAGCAUCAAGCGCUACCAGAAAAACGGGUUUCCCAUGACAGAGCUGCAGAAGUUCCUGAGUGUGAAGAAGGAGUUCGCAGAGGGGGAGGAUGUAGAGAAUGCAGAGGAAGGCAGCACCCAUCGCUUCUCUACCUUCACUAUGCUGUGUGGCUGCAGAAGGUACACAGACUCAGGCUCGUCCCUGCUGAGAGUAUCCAAAGAUGAUUGCACCGUUCUCAUCAGCUGAUAGAGACCAUCUCGGGACAGAGAAGAACUAAAUGAGCUCAGGCAAGGCCGUCUUCAGUGGAAAACUCUGUGACUGCCGAGCAUUUCAAAAUGCUUCCAUUAUACUGUGUAUACUGUCUACUUUCUCCCCUAUCGUUUACAUGUGUAUCAGGGAUGGGAGCAUAACCGGCAUUAGCCAAAGGAAGAAGACGAUCAGUAACAUCCACAAAGAGGACUAGAAUAUAAUUAAGGCUCAGGAGUAAAAAGAUUUGCUGGGAAAUUCAUCUUUAUAAGAAGCGUGAUGUUAUUCCUGCCAUAUAUUACAAAUGAAGGAAAGGAAACUAUUUUCCAUUUACUCAUAAACAGAAGUAAGCAGAUAAAUCUAUCGCAUUCUGGCUCCAGUGCAAUGCAUGAACUAUUACCCAGUAGUUAGAUAUUGUUAAGAAUAUGUAUUGGAUUGUAUUCAGGAAGUUUAAUGACUUUAAAUUGAAGAAGUUCACAAACUCUGGGGAAAAAUGACACUCUGGAUGUUUAAUACGAAGUAACCCUCUCUCUUUUAUUCAUUUGUUUAUAUAGAAGAAAACAUUUUUGAUGUGUGUCUGCUCUCAUUCCUUGUUAUUAUUAAUUAACUCAAUUAACUAACUCAAUAAAAAGAAAGGUGAGACAACAAAGGCUAUAAUGCAGUCUUAUAAAACAUUGCAAGAGUUCCAAGAGUGCUUAUGUGUACUGUAAACUGCACCGGGUGUAUCAUUCUGCUCAUCUGUGUUCGCCAUGUAAAAUUAAUUCGAAACUGUUACCACAGUAGUGUUAGCGACAUCAUCAGUGGACACGACAAAUGGUACUUUUCAGGAAUACAACUUUUGAUGUAAAAUAUGAAAGCUCAUCGAUGAAGAUAAACAAAGAAAGGAAGCUAAUUCUACCGAAAGCACCUUUAACUGGAAAGUACAAAUCAAUGUUAGCUAGCUAGCCAACGUGCUACAAAGUGAGUGUGGCUUCUUCGGGAUCUAUUUCUGCUAGCGGAGCAAAAAUAAACAGAACAUUUGGCCAUACUGAAAUGUCAGUAACUCGAUAUUGAUUUCUUGUGUACAGAACUGUGGUAUAAAAGCAAUAUCACAUGAGCAAGAGUGCGGUUAUACUGAAUAUCGGCACGGCUGUGAUUACCUACAGCACUCACCCUAUGAGUGGGCUCAUGCCUAUGGCCAACUCACCGCCCUGCUGAUAUUCAGUAUAACC